AUGUCUCUGAGGAGAAUGAAGUCUUUUGGCACGGUGUGGUUUCUGGUUGUGCUGUACUGUGAUGUGUGCCUUUGCUGGUCGUUUUCUUGUCCACGAAUUUGCCAAUGCACAUCGGACAGCGUGCGGUGCACGCGAGAAACUCAAAUAAAGUCCAGAGGGACAGCAUCAUUGUCACCUAACUUAAGAUUAUUUCAGCUGCCUCUGAGGGAAAUUCCGAGCGGUUCCUUCAACGGUCUUCUCAACGUGUCAAGGAUUGAAAUUUCCCAGAGUGACUCAAUCAGGAAUAUAAAAGGCAGAGCAUUUCUGUCCCUCCACAGUCUGGCAGAGAUCUUGAUACAGAAUGUCAAUGAUCUGGUGUCCAUCGAAAAGGGUGCCUUUACUGACCUGCCCAAACUAAGAUACUUAAGCAUCUGUAACACUGGAGUAAGACAUUUCCCUGAUUUUACCACCAUUUCCUCCCUGGAGCUAUACUUUUUCCUGGAAAUGGGGGACAAUAUGCAAAUAGACAGCAUCCCUUCGAAUGCAUUCCAGGGUAUGUCUGAGGAAUAUGUUUACAUGAACCUUGUUAAAAAUGGAUUUCAGGAGAUCCAAUCUCAUGCCUUCAACGGCACAAAACUGGAUAAAGUAAUUUUGAAAGACAACAGGUAUCUUGUUAAUAUCCAUGAUGAUGCUUUUGAGGGAGCCACAGGGCCAAGCUUGCUGGAUGUGUCAUCGACUGCUAUCUGCUCCCUUCCUGCACGAGGACUGAAGCAGGUGAAGGUGCUAAUGGCCCGCUCUGCCCCAGCUCUGAAAACUCUGCCCCCCCUGGAGAACCUAUUAGAUCUACAAGAGGCUCAUCUCACUUACCCCAGCCACUGCUGUGCUUUCAACACCUGGCAUCGCAUCAACAGAGAGAGAGCUUUAUUUGGACGCUUCAAGAACCUUACUAGGCUAUGCAGUGGCGAUGCUCCAGCAGAUAUUGUGGACCUCUCAUCUGCUGAGGUCAGUGACUUUAACGACAUCAAUUUCCUUUAUCCAGAUCUGGAACUAUGCAUGACCAAUGCACCCAUCAAGUGCUCUCCAGAACCUGAUGCUUUUAACCCCUGUGAAGACCUGCUGGGUUAUUCCUUUCUGCGUUCAAUCACAUGGAUGAUAUCCAUCUGUGCUAUUUCUGGCAACUUGGCUGUUCUUGUCAUACUGUCCUCCAGCCAUCAGAAACUGACUGUUUCUCGAUUCCUUAUUUGUAACCUUGCGUUCGCUGACCUGUGCAUGGGCCUUUACCUGCUCCUCAUCGCCACCAUGGACUACCGCUCCCGCAGAGAAUACUACAACCAUGCUAUCGACUGGCAGACUGGAGCAGGGUGUGGAAUGGCUGGGUUCCUGACCGUCUUUGCCAGCGAGCUGUCGGUUUACACACUGACUAUGAUAACGCUGGAGCGUUGGCACACCAUCAGUCAUGCCAUGCAGGCAAACAGGAGACUACAUCUGCGUCAAGUGGCAGCCAUGAUGGUCGCAGGUUGGGCCUUCUCUCUGCUUGUAGCCCUGCUUCCUGUGCUGGGCGUUAGCAGCUAUGCGAAAGUUAGCAUCUGCCUCCCAAUGGAUAUCGAGACGCCCGUGUCACAAACUUACGUGGUAGCCAUACUGAUUCUGAACGUGGCAGCCUUCACCGUGGUCUGCUCCUGCUACACCCGUAUUUACCUGAGAGUGCGCAACCCACACCUGAAAACGCGCCACGGGGACACCAAAAUUGCCAAGCGCAUGGCCGUGCUGAUCUUCACCGACUUUCUGUGCAUGGCACCCAUCUCUUUCUUUGCCAUCUCUGCAGCCUUGCGUCUCCCUCUGAUCACAGUUUCCCAUUCCAAGAUCCUCCUCGUCCUCUUCUACCCUAUAAACUCACUGUGUAAUCCAUUCCUCUACACCAUCUUCACCAGGGCUUUCCGCAGGGACGUGUGUCUGCUGCUGAGCCGCUGUGAUUGCUGCCGCUCGCAGGUGGAGUUCUACAGAGCACAGGGCCUUGGGGCAAGCUCCACCGCACCCAAGACAAAGACAUCCUGUAAGAAACCCCGUUCGAGCCAGUUUCAUGCCUACCAUAUCAAGCUGCAGGGCUGUUUCUUUAACAAAGGCAAUACAUGA